UGUUUCCUCCCUGUUCGGUGCUGGCCGCUUCCGGCUGUCUCAAGCAAACUCGAUGCGAUUCGUACUCCUCCUCUCGGCCACCGCCGUCGCGCAGAAGAUUGGCACGCUCGUCAAUGAGCAGCAUCCCACCAUUGACUUCUACGAGUGCACCGAGCAAGCGUGCACCUCCUCGCCGAAGCCGAUCACGCUCGACGCCAACUGGCGCUGGUACCACGAUGGCACCGGGUCGUCCAACUGCUUCAACGACCACUUUGAGUGCGGCACGCCGGCAGAGUGCACCCGCGACUGCGAGCUCGAGGGCAUCUCGCUCUCCGAGUACGAGUCGACGUAUGGCAUCACCGCCGCCGGCUCGGAGCUCUCGCUCAAGUUCGUGACGGAUCACCAGUACGGCACCAACGUCGGCAGCCGCACCUAUCUCAUGAACGACGACAACAGCUACUACAUGUUCAAGCUCAAGAAUGCAGAGUUCACCUUUGACGUCGACGUGAGCACGCUCCAGUGCGGGAUGAACGGCGCGCUCUACUUUGUCGAGAUGCCCGAGGACGGCGGCCUGGGCGCCUUUCCGUCCAACACGGCGGGUGCCAACCUCGGCACGGGCUACUGCGACGCGCAGUGCCCACACGACAUCAAGUACAUCCACGGCGAGACAAACAGCGAGGGGUGGACCUCGGGCGAGAGCGGCGGCCGCUACGGCGCCUGCUGCGUCGAGAUGGACAUCUGGGAGGCCAACUCCUUCGCGACGGCGUACACUCCGCACUCGUGCGACACCACGAAGCCCGACACCGACCGCUACUACCGCUGCGACGGCGAGGUGGACUGCGGCGACGGCGAGAAUCGGUACAACGGCGUGUGCGACAAGAAUGGCUGCGACUUUCAGCCCUACCGGCACGGCAACACCUCCUUCUACGGGCCCGGCUCCUCCUUCCGCGUCGACACCACCAAGAAGAUGACCGUCGUCACGCAGUUCAUCACCGACGACGGCACCGACGACGGCACGCUCUCCGAGAUCCGCCGCUUCUACGUGCAGGACGGCGUUGUGGUGCAGAACCCGACCGUCACAAAGGUCGGCUCCCCGCACGACUCGAUCACGGAGGGCUUCUGCGAUGCCGCCGCCGAGUGGGCAGCCGACGGCACCAACUUCUUGGAAAAGGGCGGGAUGGAGUCGAUGGACAUCGCGCACGAGACGGGCAUGGUACUCGUCAUGUCGCUCUGGGACGACGAGACGGUCAACAUGAAGUGGCUCGACUCCGACUUUGGCGACCCGCCAUCCAACCUGCGCGGGCCUUGCCCCGGCGACGAGACGAGCACGCCCGAGUACGUGCGCGAGAACUAUCCAAACAGCUUUGUCAAGUUCAGCAACAUCAGUGCGGCUGCGACCUCCUCGGCCGGUCCUGGUGCACAGCAGACCACUGCCACGCUGACCUGAACGCGGCUGGCGGUUGCACCUGGGGAGACACUUGCUCGCCUGGGACGCCGACGCCGUCUCCGUCACCCUCGCCCUCGCCGUCGCCGUCUCCUUCGCCCUCGCCCUCCCCGUCGCCCUCCCCGUCGCCUUCCCCGUCACCCUCGCCCUCCCCGGCACCUGCGCCCUCGCCGUCGCCGUCCCCUUCUCCCUCACCCGGGCCGGCGGGUUGCCCCGUGUGCGCCCAUCCCCAGUGCGGCUGCGACCUCCUCGGCCGGUCCUGGUGCACAGCAGACCACUGCCACGCUGACCUGAACGCGGCUGGCGGUUGCACCUGGGGAGACACUUGCUCGCCUGGGACGCCGACGCCGUCUCCGUCACCCUCGCCCUCGCCGUCGCCGUCUCCUUCGCCAGCGCCCUCGCCCUCCCCGUCGCCCUCCCCGUCGCCCUCCCCGUCACCCUCGCCCUCCCCGGCACCUGCGCCCUCGCCGUCGCCGUCCCCUUCUCCCUCACCCGGGCCGGCGGGUUGCCCCGUGUGCGCCCAUCCCCAGUGCGGCUGCGACCUCCUCGGCCGGUCCUGGUGCACAGCAGACCACUGCCACGCUGACCUGAACG